CAAAACAAAACAGCAGCGUCCAACGUCAGCGCCGCGCUCCGAUUAAUCAGCUAUACGUCGGCUUCGUUCGGCCGCUUGAUAAAUAAAUCGCUUAUCCGCCGCGGACGCUUGUCCGAUCGUCCCAUGUCUGUCUAAUUCACCGCUGUUCCCUUGACGCUCAGUGGACGAUGACGAAUUACAAGGCGUUUCACUCUCAGCUGACCUCCAUCAUGGAGGCGCUGACCAGGGCGGCCGUGGCGGAGAUCUGCGAGCUGGUGGAUGACAGCUACGCCGUCCUGCAGCUGGAGAUCUCGCGGAGCCACAAGGAGAACGAGGCCCUGAGGAGAAAGCUGGAGCUAAUCGAGACCAUCAUCGCCCGGGGACACCGGGGGAGCGUGCCGGAUCACAGCGGGCUGGAGGCCGGGGCACCGGUGGACCUGACCGGCGAUCGUAUCUCGUCUACUGGAAUGAGUCUCAAGCAGCUAAAGGUUGGUCUUAGAAAUACUGGAAAGUUACCAACCAUCGAGAUGGCAGCAGAGGCAAGUCCAGUUACAAAAGAGGUGCACUUGCAGUUAAGUGAGGAGGUGACUGAGUCCAGCGUAGUUCUGAUUAAAGAGGAGACACCAGGAGAACAACUGAAUGGUACCGGCCCGAAUGAUGAGCUGCUAUUGAACGAGGAUGGCACGGAGGUGCAGCCGUCGCAGGCCGACGACGGUGAGGAGGGGCCGUCUGGACUGCUCGCUACCACGGCGGCCGGCAUGAGACAGUGGGAGCAGAACGGCGGUGACGCUGCAGAGCAGAACGAAUCCCAGGAUGAGCACAGCGAGCCACGGUCCCCGAACCCGGUGGAGGGCGCUGACAACAACUCAUCCGAGGCCAUGUUUGACACAACCUCGGAACUAGAAUCCGACGCGCCCUCUGGUGGCUCGACACGGAAGCCCUUCCUCCUCGGGCCGGGGGGAAGUCCUAACGCCCUCCCAGGGACCUUUGACCUUAAACGGGGGGUGUCCAUGAUCAGCUCCCUCCCCUACGACAUGGAGCUGGAGAUGUGCUCGUCGUGGAACAACCAGGGCCUGCCGAGCAUGGUGUCCAUGCCGCACCACACCUACCUCAAACCGGACCAUCGGGUGGCGCCGCACCUCGACAAGGCGUCAGAGUUGAGCGCCACAGGCUUUCCUCUGAGCCUAGGCCUCCAAGGCACGUCCAAGAUGGAUCCGCUGGAGCUGAACCGGUACUGCAGGGACCGCCGCUUCAUCUGCAGCUACUGCGGGAAGUGCUUCACGUCGUCGCGGAGCCUGGAGACGCACGUGCGCGUGCACACGGGUGAGCGGCCGUACAGCUGCGCCCAGUGCGGGAAGCGCUUCACGCAGUCGGGCCACCUGAAGACGCACCAAAGCGUCCACACCGGCGAGCGGCCGUUCGCCUGCGAGCACUGCGGGAAACGCUUCGCCGGGAAGCAGAACCUGAGGAUCCACCAACAGAAACACCACCCGGCCAUCUGAAAACGGGACGCGACCCGGGGAAGGAGCCGGGCCUCACGCUCCCUCUGAGGCCAGACUGGAACUGUAUGAACUCUGUGGUAUUUUAAGACCGUUUGGAUAAAAGCAGCCGCCAGAUGGCUCCGAGGUACUACAUACUAGGACUGACUGGAGCCUAAGCUUUAUUUAAGUAGGAUUUUUAUUUUUUUAUCUCAAGGCCUUUUAGUGGACGUUUUGGAAGAACGGGUGCUUUUAAAAAGAAGAAGUGAAAUAGUUGUGACUGUAUUUUUAUUUUUUUUGUUGGGCAUUAGAUCUUUUUUGACCAUCUUAGCUGCCUUGGUGGGGACCCCGAGUUCGUUUUCCUCUCAGACGAGGAAACUGGGACGCCGACCUCGUUCUGAACAAUAAUCUUACCUCAACAAGGACGUGGGCCGUUUUUGGGUCCGCUUCAAUACUUUGGGCCAGAGCGAUGUCGAACUGGUGACCCGGAGUCCUGUAGCAAACCAGACACCUAAUGAGAAGCAUGUGAAUGUCUGUCAGUUGGUGUGUAGGCCAGCAGCAUCUAGCAUUAAAAGUGUGCAAU